UUCUCCUUUUGUUCCUGAAUAUUAUUUACAUAUAAUACAAUAUUAUUUUUGCUACUGGGAGAAAAAAAUGGAUGCAUUCAGAGCACUUGAGAAUGAGUCGCUCUUGCCCAGUUCCUCUGGUCCUGCCAGCUGGGAUCCCUUCCGACGUCCCUUGGACUCCAUCCAGCCCUGGCACUUCAGGCUCCUGGCAGCAGUAAUGUUGGUGGUGACCUCCCUGUCGCUUGCUGAGAACCUGGCUGUAAUCCUGGUAACUUUUAAGUUCAAGCAAUUGAGACAACCUGUCAAUUAUGUUAUAGUCAAUUUGUCUGUGGCUGAUUUCCUGGUCUCGCUGACGGGUGGCACCAUCAGCUUUCUAACAAAUCUGAGAGGUUAUUUUUAUAUGGGAUACUGGGCUUGUGUACUGGAAGGAUUUGCUGUCACAUUUUUUGGCAUCGUUGCUCUCUGGUCCCUUGCCCUGCUGGCCUUCGAGCGGUACGUUGUGAUCUGCCGCCCCUCGGGGAGCCUGCGCCUGGAGGGCAGACACGCAGCCCUGGGCAUCGUCUGUGUGUGGGCCUUUUCCUUCGUCUGGACCGUUCCACCAACCAUGGGCUGGAGCAGCUACACCACCAGUAAGAUUGGAACUACUUGUGAGCUGAACUGGUACUCAGGAGCUUAUGCUGACCAUACAUACAUUAUUGUGUUCUUCACCACCUGUUUUAUAGUGCCUUUAUUGGUGAUUUUGGUAUCCUAUGGAAAACUGGUGCAGAAGCUAAAAAAGGUAUCAGAAACACAGGGCAGGCUCAGAACUACCAGGAGACCGGAAAGACAAGUGACCAGAAUGGUGGUCGUUAUGAUCGUUGCUUUUCUGAUCUGCUGGAUGCCGUACGCCGCCUUCUCCAUCCUCGUCACUGCAGACCCCUCCAUUGAGCUGGAUCCUUGUCUGGCAGCAAUCCCAGCUUUCUUUUCCAAAACAGCUACUGUUUAUAAUCCAAUUAUUUAUGUCUUUAUGAACAAACAGUUCAGGAAGUGUCUGAUUCAAAUGUUCAGUUGCAAUGCCACGGGAAUUGCAGAGUCCAACACGAACCCAACUUCAGAGAGAGCAGUGCUAACCCCGGACAGGGGAGGCAGCCAGAUGUCCACCGUGGCAGUUCGUAGCACCUCUUCUGAAAGGAAAAUUGGAGAUGAACGUGGAAAUUGCCAAGCCUUUGCUCAUUCAGCAUCCUCAGAAAACAAAAUUCGUCCCAUGUAGAGUGGGAGAUAUGAUUGUUAACGCAGUGCUAAAGUGUAUUUCAGUGUUACAGCCAUCUAAUAUAAAAAUAUGUUGUCUCUGGGGACAUUAUACUGCUGUGGGCACCGGAGGUUCCAGCUCCUCAGUGCAUGUAGGAGCUCCCUGGCUCUGCAGGUGCAAACACCCAGCCAGAAGGUGAGUCCCUUCUCGUCUGUGUUCCCCUCUCCAAUCCACAGCAGGCAGUGGCACCACACUGCUGUUCUCCUGUGAGGAGCAGUUGUGUCUCUGUCUCUUCCAUCCUUAAAUUCCUUUUAAUUGAGUUGUUGAUCCUGGCACAAAUUAUUGACUCCUCUGCAUUCAGAAGCAAGGAAUACAGCAUGAGUACACUUUCUGUAAACAGUGAAGAAGAAUGGAAGUUGCCAGCUUUCCAUCUCAGAUUAAUUCACACGAUGCUGUGCGGCAAAAUACUUGGCUUUAGUGGAACGUCACUUGCACAUGCAAAGCCAAACUUGGCUCUGAGUGUAAUAAAGACAGAUUUCUGUGUUAAACAGCCUUUGGGAU